CACUUGACCCCUUUUUUUAAAAUCCCUCCAAACGCACAGUCCUCCUCGCUUCAGCGCUCACUCGAAUCACAGCUUCUCUCUCUCUCUCUCUCUCUCUCUCUCUCUCUCUCUCUCUCUCUGAAUUCAAAUUUCACAUGGCGACAGAGGAAUUGUUUGAUCCGCACAGUGCUCCAGCGGCGGAGCAGGAUUCUUCGCAGCCGUUCUCUCUUCCGCCGUAUCCUCAGAUGAUAAUGCAAGCGGUCGAGGCCUUGGGCGAUAAGAGCGGCUCCAACAAGACGGCGAUCUCUAAGCACAUCGAGUCCCUUCACCCUAACCUGCCGCCGUCCCACGCCACGCUGCUCAGUUACCACCUCAGCCAGUUGAAGCAGAACGGCCAGCUCGUGAUGGUGAAGAACAAUUACAUGAAACCAAAUCCCGACGCUCCGCCAAAGCGUGGCCGCGGCCGUCCCCCGAAGCCCAAACCUCCGGUCGAUUCAAACGAUGUAGUCGCCGUAGCUCCUCCGAGACCUCGGGGUCGUCCACCGAAAUCGAGAGUCCCGUCAGAGCCGUCAAAUCAGCCGAAGCCGAAGCCCUCGUCCGGCUCGGGUAGACCACGUGGGAGACCGCCGAAGAAGCCGAGGACGGAUUCGGAGACGACAUCAGCUCCAGCAGCGGAUCCCGCUCCUUCUCAGCCGAACGGUGAACGCCGUGGCCGUGGAAGGCCGCCGAAGGUGAAGCCGGUGGUAGCGCCCGUUGGUUGUUGAGGUUCUGCUUACGCGACUGAACAGCUUUGACACAAAAAGAAAAAGAAUCAAUUCGAGAGUAAAAAGAGAGUAUUAGCUUUAAGUUAAUCUUUCUUUUCUUAAAAAAAAAAAACUUUAGAAGAUUUCAGAGUGUAAUGUGUGUUGGUGUGGUGAGAACAAGUGACGUUAGAGAGUGCAAUUUAAGUGCAUGUAAAUUGUAGAACUUUAUCUCUAAAGUAGCUUGUAGGAAAAAAAUCUUAAUGUCUUUAUAUAACUUAAUAUUACGAGUGUCAUGUGUGUCGGCUUUUGUAUUCA